AUGCCUUGCGCAAUAGCAAAUGGGUGCCGCCUGAGGCCAACCAAGCCCCAAUCACCACCUCCCGGAGCAUUCGAACUUCGGAAACCGAGCCUUUCCUACUCAGUCUCAAGCGUCUCGUCAAGCUCGACGAACUUGCCAUCACCAUCCAUGAGCCGCCAUCACCGUCACAGCCGACACCUCGAAUUCGAUCCCUUGGCUCUUCACCCGACCUACCAUGCCGCCUCCCACCCGACCUUCGUCCCGCCUCCGAGGCUGGGCAACCGCCCUUUCAUCCUCAAUCCGAACCACGAGACAGCCGUGUAUUCAGAUUCGGAUGCAGAAGACGACAUCCUAGAAGAGUACUUCCGCGCAGAUGAAGCAUCCAAGUCUGCCGACAGUAUGUCAGCGCCAGCCGUCGGCUCGCCCACACCCAUGCAGCACACCGGCCACGAGAGGCAAGCCCACAACGACGAAGGAGGCGACUACUUCAUGUACAAGCUACGCCUCCUCGAACACCAGGAACGCCAGCAACGGGAGGCCAUGUCGUAUGCUGUGGGAUCAAGGUCGUCCUCGCCCUCCGCUGCGUCGGAACUGCCUCGGUCACGGUGGUCAGACUCCACCAUCGCAUCGACAGACCUCGACUUGCCUCAGGACGGACAAGAAGAAGAAAAACAGGACGACGAUGCUAGCACAUACGACGAAGAAGACUACUUGCACAUCGCUGUUCCGGAACGACAACCCCGGCAUGCCAAGAGUUGGCAGAACUUCAGCUACAAGCGCACUCCUGCGGUGGCACCGCGACGGCCUCCACUGACCAUGGACGGCGUGGAGGCCUUCAUCAAGCGUGGGGGUUGGAAACGGAAGGGCAUCGUCUUUGAGAAGGACGAUGUACCAACCUGGGAGUAA